CUGUAGUUUUAAUUACUCAUAGUAGUGAUCAUUAAGAGAGAGGUACAUAAAGAGAUUAUAUUGAUUUCGUAGUUUACAAUGAAUACAAUAAUUUUUACGACUAGUUAUCUUGGAUGAUGUCUAUUAUUAAAAAAAGAGCUCGUUUAACGUACAUUGACAAUAAGUUAAAAUUCUAACAAUCAACAUAAACUUUUUAAGGAUUAUUUUAUAGAAAUUACGUUUUAAUAUCUAUGUAAUAAUUUUUAUUCUGAAUCAUAAUAUUUUUUAAAGAUUGUAUACUAAACUAAAAAAUAAAUUUUGUAAUUGAUUUCGUGAAUUGUAAUAAUGGAAGCUGACAAGUCUUGUUUUCAACCUUUAGACUUGUUAGGGAAGGUCAUUAUUAAAGUUCAAUUAGGUGAUGAUAUAAGGAAAGUGUUGAUUCAUAAUGAAUCAAUUACAUAUGAUGAAUUGCUCUUAAUGAUGCAAAGAAUAUUUAAUGGUAAAUUGACAGCAAAUGAUGAUCUCACUAUCAAAUACAAAGAUGAAGAUGGUGAUUUGGUUACAGUGUUUGAUAGUCAAGACUUAUCAUUUGCUUUACAGACUAGUAGAGUAUUAAAACUACAAGUAUUUAUGAAUGAUUUGAACCAAUCAAAAGAUCAUUCAAAAUCUAUACUGAAUGCUGAAGAAUUAAAAAAACAGUUGCGUGAUAUUAGAAAUGCUGUUACACAAAUGUUAGAUAUUAUUGAUGUUCCUCGAGAAGAAAAUAGUAGUAAUAUUUGCCCUAACUCAAUACAACCUGAUGAAGUUAAUGUUAUACCUACACAGCAGCCUGCUGAUAAUGGAAUUACUAAAGAAUUUGAUCCCUUGGAUAACUCAAAAGAAGAACAACCAAAAAUAGUUCAACCUAUACAAAUAAAAUCUGAAACAUCUCAGGAAAAUAUACAAAAUUCUCAGCACUUGCGACAAACACCACCUAAUCAAUCAACUCAAAUUCCUCACAAUACUUUUAAUGGCCAAUCACAAAGCACAAUUAACCAACAUAACUCAUAUCCUGGUAGCCAAUUACCCCAACCCCAAGGUCCUCAAGGUAAAUGGGUACCAUAUCCACCAUCAUCAAUUCGUCCGUCUUAUCCACCAGCUCAAUACUCUUAUGUUUAUUCUACACAAUUGCCAGCUCCAGGAUAUAAUCAAAUGACAGCACAAAUGAAACCUCCAACUGGUAAUCCACCACCUGUACAUUCAAUGUAUUAUCCAGCAAAUACUACUCCUAAUUCACAAUACACUACUAGUCAAUAUCCUGGACAGUAAAAUUCAGUUGCGUUAUAAUUUAUGUUUUAUUAAUGUUAUUUUCAAUAUCCUGAAAUAAAAAUAGUAUAUGACUAAAUUUUUUUUUAUAUAUUAUAUUAUUUAAAAAAUGUGUUUAAAUUUUAAAUUUUUAUUUAUAUAUAUAAUUUUUUAUACAUUAGUUUUAAAAGGCACAAUUUAAAAUAUAAUAUAAAAAGUAGUAUUUGGAGUGUAUUGAUAUAUUUUUUUAAUUUUUGUUAAAAAUAAUUUAGAUUAUAAAAAACAUUUCUCAUUUCAUUAUAAAUUUAAUAAUAUUAAUAUUGUGUCAUGAAUAACUAUUUUAAUUUUUAAAUUAUUUUAUUUUUUUUGUUCUUUAUAGUAAAAUUAAUGUUUUUUGAAUUGGAGUUAGUAA